AUGAUUUCUACUUCUUCUCUCUUGAUUCUUCUCGUCCUUUUGGCCUGCUUCAUGGCCGCCUCAGCUCAAUGGGGAUACGGUGGAAUGCCAUACGGAGGAUACGGUGGAUAUGGAAUGGGAGGAUACGGUAUGGGAGGAUACGGAAUGCGUCGCCGCAUGUGGGGAUCACCAUACGGAAUGGGAGGAUAUGGAGGAUACGGAUGGGGAAAAUAA